AUGGCAUGGACUAACUGCGGCAAGAGGUCACGCUCUGCUGUGCUGCUGCCCAGUGACCAAUACUAUGACAUUCCCACCGGUCGCUCUCUGGAUCAGACCCUUGUGUGGAGUAAAACAUCUUCCCAGAUGACAAUAUGCACCGCUGCGCUGAUAUCAGCCUUCGUUUCCCACGUCAACCACGUGGUAAUAAGACUCGAAAAUAAGGUGCGCAACCCACGACCAGGAACCACAUGGAAGAUUUAG